CCGCCCCCGCCUUGUUUCUCUAUGGUUCCCGCUCUAUCGUCGUCUCAAUCACUCCCCAAUUUUCUCCAAAUUUGUUGUGUUCAUCAUCUCAAUCUUUGUAUAUAUAUAGAUACAUCUCUCCAUGUUUUCCCCUUACAGCAUCUUCCUCUCCUUUAGGAGAAACCUUGAUCACAUACGGGCAUCAUAAAAAAUUUCGGCUUAACGAGUUACGACGGAAGGCACGACUCUGUCACAGGGUUGUUUAGGGGCCUUAGAUGGAACCUUAAUCCGAGUGACACCUCCAUCAGAUGAAAAACUAUGAUAUCGCACCAGAAAAGCCAAUAUUGUGACAAAUGUGUUAGGCGUGUGUUGUCCAAAUAUGCAGUUUAUAUAUGUUUUGCCUGGUUGGGAGGGUUCAACACAUGACGGUCGUGUACUUCGAGAUUCUAUUGGUAGGCCUGAUGGUCUUAGAGUAACUCGAGGUUGUUAUUAUUUGGUCGAUUCUGGAUAUUGUAAUGCCGAGGGAUUUCUAUCUCCAUUCCGAGGCCAGCGAUAUCAUCUUAACGAGUUUCAGGGGCAUCGGCCAAGGACAGCUCAAGAAUAUUUUAACAUGAAACAUUCUAAGGCUAGAAAUGUGAUUGAGAGAUGUUUUGGGUUGCUAAAAGGGCGACGGAAAAUAUUAGCCUCCCCAUCUUUUUUCCCCAUUGAAACUCAAGUGUGUAUCCUUUUGGCAAGUUGUCUUCUCCAUAAUUGAUAAGGAGGCACAUGAGUUUUGAUCCACAAGAACUAGAACCAGUUGACGAAGAUGAACUUCAAGAUGAUGACCCCCUCGAGAAUGAAGACUAUGUGAUAUUGAUUAACCCAUCACAAGAAUGGCUCAAUUUUAGAAAUAAUUUAGCCAAUGAAAUGUUUAAUAGUUGGAGAGGCAGACAUAAUCCUUGAAUGCGUGCUUUUAGUUGGAGAUGAUUUAUUAUGUUAUUGUUUUUCUUAAAUAUUUACAAGUAUUUGAUUGAUUUUUUGAACAGUGAUUUAAUU